AUGGCAGCCGUCCAGCUACCUUCCUUCGAGAAGGUCAAUAUGCUGGGCACCUUCCAGCAGAGUCGUCACCAUGCUGCUGCAACUACCUAUGUAGACCGCCGAGAACAGCAUCUCGACGGUGUUCGAGCGCUGUCACCCUACGUCUAUCAUCGCGCGUACGCUAUGGAUUCACCGGCAUCGCGUCCUCCACAGGACCUGACUUUCGUGUCCAUGACUGGUCCUACAUUGAAUGAAAGCAGCGCCAAAGCCAUGCGCGCCCACACUACACGAGCUAACUUCAGGAAACGGCGGCACAGAUUGGUGCAAGAAUAUCUUGAUCAGAAAGCAAAGUCCGCUCCGCCGGGGACCGGGAUGGCCACGCCAACCACACCAGAUACGAGGCCUCCACAGGUAUUGAGCGGGAUUAUGUUGAAGGAUGAUGCGUCACUGAUCAAUUAUCUGACCCAUGAGAUGGAAAAGCUCUACCCGGCAACAGGCAGAGUGGGGGGAGAUCAGAGCUCAUCUAGGAUGCAUUCUCACUGGGUCUCACUUCUUUCCGAUCCAGCAAUGCGCAACGUAUCAUUAUACUUUGCGACACAGGUAUACAUGGAGCGUUUGCGGCUUCAUACAGAGCAGUUUCUGGUUUCUGCUGCGAAAGGGACCGCCUUACAGUCUCUUGGGGAUCGGCUCAAUGGCUUUUCCGGCGAGUGUCCAGACAGCCUUAUAGCUGCCAUUCUCACUCUCACUGUCCUCGAUCAAGUCUUAGGAAACAUAUCAGGCUGGCAAAUCCACUUGUCUGGCCUCAUCCAAAUAGUCGCAGCCCGCUCACAGGACGCGACGCAGUCCGCUACCGUGUCAUGGACUGACGAUGUGAUAGCACGCGCGGUAAUGCAAGGUCUCCUUCUCUUCGAUCGACACGAUCCUUCACUUAUGCCCUGGGUUGAGAGCACUGGUGUCUUCGACACGUGCUUCUCAGCUCCCGGUAAAGAAGCAGCCUACCUCAUUCUCCUCGUUGCAAGACGAUUGAACGCGGCUCAAUCCGGCUGCGUUCGCACCGGCACUCAUUUCACUGCCGACAUACCUCAGCCUGAGUCAAUGAUGGAGGCUCUCAACGAGGCAAUUGAUUUGAGCCGCAAGGGUUACAGUCGAGAGGCAUACUUGACAGCCUUGGCUCUAUCGAUGAAGCUCUCACUCGCUGCAAUGCUACCGACUGACCCAGCAGCGGACGAUAGCACCGUCACUGCAGUGUCGCAGCUGCUAGACGCUGUACAAGCUUAUGAAGUCGACUGUCCUUUCGCCGGGCUGAUUCUCUGUUCCUCCCUUGGUCUGCGACUUUGGCAGUCGAUCAUGGGCGCGAUCUCAGCCUCCGAACCUACGACAAAGCAGACGUUCGUCAGGAGACUCGGCCCGAUCUGCGAUGCCAUGGGUAUUCAAUCUUGGGAGGAUGCAACCAGUGUACUACAGAAACUGUUCUGGGUUCCUUCUAUUUUGGAUGCAGCAGGCCACAGGGUGUAUCUCGAAGUGCGGCAAGCUUCCAGCGGGAGUGGUACAUGA